AUGACCGGUAUGCCGAUAGAGAUCCAGACACCCAACUCAAAAAUGUCUAACGGGGCAGGAACAAGAGGGCAACAAUCACCGCCCGUGGCGGCGACAACUUCAGCACCGCCAACAACCAUCACCCGGGAGGAACUCUCGAUCGCCACCUCCGCUGCCGCUCCCGUCCCCGCCCCUGGCCACCUCUGCGGCGCCAAGAAACUGACGCUCCUCCCCCUCAUCUUCCUCAUCUAUUUCGAGGUCGCUGGUGGGCCGUACGGCGAGGAACCGGCCGUUCAGGCGGCUGGACCCCUACUGGCCAUCCUUGGAUUCCUCAUAUUCCCAUUCAUUUGGAGCAUCCCGGAGGCUCUCAUCACCGCAGAGCUCUCCACCGCCUUCCCCGGCAACGGCGGCUUCGUGAUCUGGGCCGCGGCCGCCUUCGGCCCAUUCUGGGGCUCGUUAAUGGCUACCUGGAAGUUCCUCGCCGGCGUCAUCAAUAUCGCAGCCUUUCCCGCCCUAUGCAUCGACUACCUGGAGCAGCUGUUCCCGAUCUUCUCCCAUGGCCUCCCUCGCUUCCUUGCGGUCCUUGUCUCCACUUUGUCCCUCUCCUUCCUCAAUUAUACCGGUCUCAAUAUCGUCGGUUACGCCUCUGUCUGCCUCGGAAUAAUAUCUCUGCUUCCAUUUAUUCUCAUGUCUUUGAUAGCGAUUCCCCAAAUUCGUCCCCAUCGAUGGGUGAGUUUAGGGCAGAAGGGUGUGAAAAAAGAUUGGAACUUAUACUCCAACACCCUAUUUUGGAAUUUAAAUUUCUGGGACAGUGUGAGUACCCUUGCUGGCGAAGUCGAUAAGCCGCAGAGAACUUUUCCAGCUGCUCUGUUUUCUGCGGUGAUUUUUACGUGCUCUGCUUAUAUAGUGCCUUUAUUGGCUGUGACGGGAUCUGUCACCGUCGACCAGAGCCAAUGGGAGACCGGUUUUAUGGCAAACGCCGCCGAAAUCAUCGCCGGAAAGUGGCUGAAGAUCUGGCUCGAAGUGGGCGCGGUUCUAUCGGCGAUUGGCCUCUACGAAGCUCAGUUAAGCAGCAGCGCAUACCAGGUGCUAGGCAUGGCGGAAUUAGGGUUUCUACCCAAAAUUUUCGGGGUUAAGUCGAAGUGGUUCAACACACCAUGGCUAGGGAUACUGAUAGCAACACUGAUUUCGCUGGGGGUUUCGUACAUGAACUUUACUGACAUUGUUUCGUCGGCGAAUUUCGUGUACAGUCUGGGGAUGUUGUUGGAAUUUGCGUCAUUUGUGUGGCUGAGGAGGAAGUUCCCGGCGAUGAACAGGCCGUACCGGGUGCCGAUGGGAAUGGCCGGCGUGUUGGUGAUGUGCCUGAUUCCGUCUGCGUUUUUGGUGUUUGUGAUGGUCAUUGCAAAGAAGAUUGUGUUCCUGGUGAGCGGGUUGAUGACUCUGGCGGGUGUUGGGUGGUUCUUCUUGAUGAACCUCUGCAAGUCGAAAAAGUGGCUCGAGUUCAGCUACGGCGACGGGUUGAAACCUGUGGAAGAAGACAGGGAUUAUGCAGUUACCGGUAAUGGAUGGGAAUUGAAUUCUGAAGCGUGA